UUCGCGUCAGCCCCUCUCACAGGUUUCCUCUCUGUGCCGCUCACGGAUGGGAAGCCGCAGCACCAUGUCCUCCUCCCUCUGUAGAUCCAGGUACGUCAGCUGGUAUGUGGACACCGCAGAGUCACAAACACCUGGAACUGCAGAUCUGACAUCCACGGAAGAUCUUUGCUAUCAAAAGCAACAAUCAGCUGCUGUGGAUUCAACCCCACUGCUCCUUCUGUCACCAACAGAAACUGACAGAGGAGACGUUAGUGCAGCAUCUUCCCUUCAACACAAACAGUCAAAAGCCAAACAUCGCAAAGCUUUUAAAUGUUCCCGCCACUCCAAGUCAAACAGACUCAGUCAGAGCAGUGAAGGUGUGGAUGACGACAGCGACAGAGGCAGCAAAAGGAACUUGAGAACCCCAGAAUCUGACCUCCCGACAAAAGAGGAACUUUCUUUUUUGCAUCCAGAGGAUGAAAAUUUCCUCCUUCCCAGGAGCAGUCCGGUCAUCUCCAGACGCCACAGGCCCAUCUCCUGGCAUGGAGGGAUAAAUAAUGCAUCUGAUCCCAGCUCGGACCCCCCGUCGCCCACUUCUGGUUCACUGUCUCUGGGUCGGCAUGAGUGCCUGAAAUCUACCAGCGAGGCGGAUCUGAAAUCCAAACCAAGCUCCUGUCAGGCCUCAUCCCCCGUGCAGGAGGUUAAAAAGCAAAACUGUACCUCGAUGUCAUCAAACCUGAAGCACCUCCUGAUCCCCGGCCUUCACCUUCCCUACAGUGGACAGCAGGGAGUAGCUGAGGAGCACAAAAGGCGGAGCCAAAGUACCUGUGCUACCCCUCACACAGCAGGAGGCUCCACCUCAGCUCAGCAAAGCAAAAAAAGAAGUUGCAGUGAAAUCCCAGAAUCCUCUGCAGAGAUCUUCAGGACCAGCUGUGAGCUGGAAAAGGAAAACGCUCAUUUUAUUGUGGUGGACAUGGUGCUGGAGAUGCUGGAAAGUGCAAAGUGGACUUUGAGUUUAGAUCAGUGGCUUUCCACCAUGGACACACACCACGACACACACUGCCAGAUGUGCAGACACACAAGCUCCGCACAGGACAGUUCACCACACAAACAGACAUGCACAGCACAGCGAUGCGCAGGAGACUGCAGCACAGACGAUCCCGGACAACAGAGUAACAAGCGAAGACAUCCAGAUGAAGACGUGAAGACGGCACACAGAGACACACACUCGUAUGUGCAGGAUCAAGAGGAGAAAGCCAGGAAGGAUGCGGCUCAGCAUCAAAUAAAGACUCUGUCUAUGCUCUCCACUGACAGCGGCUUUGAAGACUGUGGAGCUGAUCAUACAUUUCCUCAGAGAGAGACUCUAAGAAAUGCUGAGCAGCUGGCCCAGCACCUCGUGUUGGAGUUCAAGAGGAGUUGGCUUCCUUCUAAUGAGCUUCAGCGUGGCCGGCAAAGCCUCCGUAGCUCGCUUCAGGAGUUGCCUGGUACAGGAGAAGUGGCGGAGAGCAGCAGCAGCCUGACAGAGGAGAUCAGACAGCGUACCAGGAUGAGAGGAUCCCUCAACUGGGCACCUCCACGCUUUCAGAUCAUCUUCACAGUCCAGCCCACACUCAGGCGAAGAGAGGUCGUGGCUUUGCAACACUUCCUGUGCGCAGGCUGUGGGACCGAGGUGGAGCCCAGGUACAUCAAGAAACUGCGGUACUGUGAGUACCUGGGCAGGUAUUUCUGUGACUGCUGUCACAGCAACUCUGAGGCUGUGAUUCCAGGUCGAGUUUUGUCCUGCUGGGAUUUUGGCAGGUACCCUGUGAGUGAUUUCUCCAAACAGCUGCUGGACUCGGUGUGGCAUCAGCCUCUGUUUGAUCUGACCUGUGUCGGUAAAACUCUGUACGGUAAAGUGAAGGAGCUGGACAGGUUUAGGGAGCUUCAGGAUCAGCUGCUGGGCAUCAAGAAGCUGUUGACAGCCUGCAGAUUAUCAGGAAGCGUGCUGACCGAGUUGGAGGAUUUUCCUGCUCACUUGAGGGAGCAGCCAAACCUGUUCUCCAUGGACGACCUCCAGAAGCUGAAGAAGGGUCAGCUGGCGGCACAGACCAAAGCGGUGCUGCACUCUGCCAUUGCUCAUGUUGAAAACUGUGAGCUGUGUCUCGCCCGAGGUUUCAUCUGUGAGUUUUGCAGAGAGAAAGACGUCGUCUUUCCUUUUCAGAGUGACAUCUGUAAACGCUGUCCAGUGUGCAAAGCCUGCUUCCACAAAAAGUGUUUUGUGGAGAAAAAGUGUCCAAAAUGCACACGGAUCCAGGCACGGAAAAACCACUGGGAUGGAUCCAUGAAGAGUAACACCUGAACAACAGCAGCCGCGUGUCAGCGGUUCAUUUAACACUUCCAGUAGUUUAGCUGCAUUCAUUUUUCUGUCACUUCACCUAAAAACACUUUUAAAAUGUCAGUGAGUUUCAGUUCUGUCCUCUUUGUGCUUAUCUGUCGAACACAAACCACACUGUUAAACUUGUGCAUUGCUUUGCAUUGCUUAAUAUUUCCUGUGGAAAUUAGAUUGAUAUGAGAUAUUGUACCUCAAGAAGCAAAAUACAGCACUUACAUGUUACACAACCAUUUUUUGUGGGCAGGUUUUGUGUGGGUUGUCUUGUGUGUGGUGUUUUCUAAUACUGAUGAUCAGUAAGUGAUGGCAGGAACAGCUGAAUGUUCAGUAGCCUGUUAGCAUGAUGUCUCUACGCAUACCUGCAUAGAGCCAAUGCAGCAGGUUUGUUUGGUUGUUUCUGUCCUGGAUCCAGUGUGCACAUUAUAACUGCAAUUACAACAAAAAUAAAAAUAAUGUACAUUUGUGAAAAGUUAAAGCCCACUUCACCAUUUUCCUCCAUGCAUCCAACCUGAAAUCAGAUGAUUGUAGCUCCUGAUCCUGCAGAUCACUGAUAAACACAAGUAAAGGCAUGAUUGUAACUGUAAUAUGAUUAUAGUAAUGCAUUCAAGCCAACAAUAGCUUAUAAGCUGUUCAUAUAAAAUCAAAAUUUGAAAGAUAGCUAGUACCAAUAGCUAUCAAAACUUUGCAGUGCAGUGCUUCCCUCUGAAAUGUAGUGGAGCACAUGUAUAAUGUGGCAGAACUGGAAAUAAGUAUAUUAGUAUACCGGGGUUAUUGCACUUUACCUUCCACCAGCUCUUGGCUAGACCUGAGUUUAUGAUAGGCAUCUUGAGCCCUCAACAUCGGCGCCCCAGAUUUAGACUGCCUUUAUAUUCAAACGCAUGUCCUUGCAGUACUUCAGUACUGGGAACAAAUGCUGGCCUGCAAAGUGUGGCUGCAAUUCUCAUUUAUCUACGUGUAAGCAGCACAACUCCUUUACUUCCAGAGACCCGCUCCCAAAGUUCCAUCAUCCUAACAGAUAUGCUAUGAAUUGUUCAGGUGAAUUAGCACUUUGCUAAAACUUCCUAUGAAGCCACAUCUUCACAGCGGUGAACUGAAAACUUGAAUUGUGCAGAAGCAGUUUUAGUGUUUUUUUUUUCUUUCUAGUCAUUUUCCUCUUUAUUUGCUGUGUCUGGCUCUGCUGAGUGUUAAGCGCCAAACCUAGUUUUUCUCUACAAUAUAAAGUAAUAUAUUGAGUUAUAUUUCAAUUAAACUUGAGUUUAAAGGAAUAACACUGAAUUCGGGGGGUAAUUUAAUCAGAAUCAGUGUAUCAGUGUGUAUUAACAUGUACGUCUUUUGUACAAUGAGAUGGAAUUUAGUUUUUUACAUUAUUAUAUCACGAGGAUACCGAGUGAGGAUCCAGUAUUAAAUAUCUCAUGAACCAUUUCCAUCGGCUUUUAUUGCCUCUUCUUUUGCCUUUAAUCCAGUGUCUUUGUUUUUCUUGUGUACAGUCUGAACCCUGAUAUAACAUGAAGAUUGUUGCAUCGAGUGUACUCAGCUUAUAAUUAUGUUUUUACUUUGUGUGAGGAAGGUUAUGAUUCUGUCUUCACAGAAAGGCAAACGGAGACAUUGUGGAGGAUUUAUUUUAAAAAUGUUCCUUCAUAAAAAAGUAACA